AUGGCAGACUAUGGCCGCCAGUCUCCCGACUUCAACUCUCCCCAAAUUCCCGAGCUCGAGCACAUAGCCAGCAUGUCACUAGGGAAUAGCGCAACACCACCACCACCUGAAGAUGGUGCCGUCUCUUCAACAAAUGGUGGUGUACUCGAACCUACCGCGAUGGGUUCUAGCCCAGGUGAACCCGAAAUGUCCAAGGAAGUACAAGAGGUGCUCGCUUCAGAUAUUGGUGUUUCCACUAUGCUAAAUAGGCUCAAGCAAAGCAUUAUAGCUGCCAAGGAAUUUGCUACAUUUCUUAAGAAGCGGUCGGACCUCGAAGACCAACAUGCUAAGGGCCUCAAAAAGCUGUGUAAAUCGACUCAAGACAGCGUCCACCACACAGAUCAUAGGCAGGGGUCGUUCGCGCAGUCGUAUGAGGAAAUGCUCACAAUACAUGAACGUAUGGCCGAAAAUGGAAUACAAUUUGCGUUAUCUCUACACCAAAUGCAUGAAGACCUCCUUGAGGUAGCUGCGGUGGCCGAGAAACACCGCAAAGGAUGGAAGCAGAACGGCUUAGCCGCCGAACAACGUCUGACUGAUGUGGAGAAUGCAAUGCGCAAGUCCAAGAUGAAAUACGAUUCGCUGGCCGAAGAGUAUGACAGAGUGAGAACUGGCGAAGCAAAACAAGGCCCGAGGGUCUUCGGUAUCAAGCCCAAAUCAGCGGCACAGCACGAAGAGGACCUCCUACGUAAGGUCCAAGCAGCCGACACAGAUUACAUGAGCAAAGUUCAGGCAUACCAGUCUGAAAAAGCAACCGUCGAGACUUCGACCCGUCCAGAAGCUGUCAAGGCGCUGCAAGAUCUCAUUAGAGAAUGCGACUCUGGCACUACUCUGCAAAUGCAGAAAUUUGCUUCAUUCAAUGAAAAGCUAUUGCUUAGUAACGGGUUGGUGAUAAGUCCUUUGAAGACCACCACUCAACCAGGUCAGCAGUCUCGCAGUCUAAAAGAAGUUGUCCAGGCCAUCGACAACAAGAAGGACCUGGAGAACUAUAUUAUCAGCGUUCAUAGCAAAGUACCGGCUAAAUCAUCAGAGCCAAAAUACGAGAGGAAUCCCGUACGUCGUCGGCUAUCUGACUUUCGAGCCAUGCUCGAUGCUAACUUAAGCCAGGUUCUUAACCCUCAGCAAAAUGUGUCCCUAAAUCAGGUGACACAUAUGCAUCAGCAACAAACACGGCCGCAGUCUCAGCAGCGACAAGGGUCACCUUCACAAGUGCAACAGCAACCAGGUUCAAUGGGCUCUCGGACUGGAGGGUUCGAUUCCAUAUCGUCACCGAUUGGGUUCCAAGGAUCAGCUCAGAAUUUCACUCCUCCUCCUGGACUGGCACCAGUCCAACGGCCGCCUUCAGGAGCAGGGCAUGAGAGGAGCUUCAGCCAUGGUGCAAUGCUAAACCAGCCUAGUAUGCAACCUCAGCCGCAGUAUAAUGUCCGGAACUCGAUACAAACCCCUCCGACCCAGUCACGAUUCAAUGGUGGUGGUAUGGGUGGCAUGGGUGGCCCUCCACAACUUGGAGCCUUACCAUUCCAGAACCAGCCGCCUCGAGAGCAAAGUCCUCAACAACAAGGUGGGCAAACAGGCUUCCAGGCCCCGCCGCGCAGUGAACAGUCUCCGGCGCGGUCGACAUCGCCUCAUGGUGCUGCUGUACCGAAGACAGAGGGAGCAAUAUCGAGGGGACCGGUCUUUGGGAUUUCCCUGGAGCGGCUAUACGAAAAUAGUAAAGGACCCGUACCGAUGGUCGUCUACCAGUGUAUCCAGGCCGUUGAUUUGUACGGACUUACCGUCGAGGGUAUCUACAGGCUUUCCGGCUCGUCAGCGCACGUGAACAAGUUAAAACACUUGUUUGAUACUAACGAAGACGCGCCGAUCCUAGACUUCCGGAAUCCAGAGAACUUCUUCCAUGACGUGAACAGUGUAGCAGGCUUACUAAAACAGUUCUUGAGAGACUUGCCGGAUCCGCUGCUGACAUCGGAGCAUUACGCGGGUUUCAUUGAGGCGGCGAAGAACGACGAUGAGGUAGUGCGGCGGGACAGCUUACACGCCAUCAUCAACGCGCUGCCGGACCCAAACUACGCUACGCUAAGGGCGUUGGCACUCCACCUGCACCGCGUCAUCGACAACUCAACCGUCAAUCGCAUGAACUCGCAGAACUUGGCCAUUGUCUUUGGGCCAACGCUCAUGGGCACGGCACCAGGAGCAAAUAUCCAGGACGCAGGAUGGCAGGUCAGAGUUGUUGAUACGAUAUUACAGAAUACCUACCAGAUCUUUGAUGAGGAUUAG